AUGGCGCCAACUCCUCCCACGGCCUUUGCGGCCAAGUACGGUGGUGAAAUCGAAGGCGUGAGGGCGCGCGAGUUCUACAAGCAGCCCUUUGACAACCUCAUGAAGACGAGCGAUGAGAAGAUCAACUCUGGCUCCCACGGCCGCUCGGCCUCGUUCGACGAUGCCCUCGCUGCCUACGCCCAGUUCAUCUGCCUGCGACUGCGCGUCAGCCGCUGCCUCGUCUCCUGUUUCGACCGCAACCAUCAAUACAUCCUGGCCGAAGCCACCCCAACCCUCUCCCUGAAGACACACAAGGCCGACGACCCCAAUGACGACUUGUGGCUGGGCUCAGGAGUCCAAGACCGCCACUCACACCUGUGCGAGCGCACCCUCGAACUGGCCGACAAGAAGGUAGACAACGAUCACGAUGCCGUUGUUGUGGUCCCCAACAUUGCAGAAGACGACUGGUACAAGAGCUGUCAAUCGCACAUAAACGUGCCCGAAAAAGUCUGUUUCUACGCCGGAACCGCCAUUCGAAGUCCCUAUGGCCCUGUCAUUGGUGUCAUCUCGGUUCUAGACUGCGAACACAGACACGACCUCCCAGACUCCGACAAAGUCUUCCUCCAACACAUGUCAGACACCAUCAUGUCUCAUCUCGACAUGGUCAGAUCAAAAGAAGAGCACCGUCGUACAUCCCAGAUGGUCGUCGGUUUGGGCUCCUUUGUAGAGGGCAAGGGCCAGGUUGACAUGGACUUGCAUUCAAAGACGGUCCCUAAAAGCAACAAGAUCGAACAUCAGGGCAACCCGCCCAGAACCCCCGGAGCUUCUACUUCCCGCGCGCCGGAAAUGCUCCAUAUCCAGAACGAGAACCCUCCCCAACAUUCUGACGACACCAAAACCGCAGAGGAUGCUCUCAAUUUUGAGAAUCUCCAGGCUCAAAUGCUCUCGACCGACGUCAAAUCCACUUUCCAACGCGCUGCUCACAUCAUCAAGGACGCAAUCGACGUCGAAGGAGUAGUAUUUCUCGAUGCCUCUGUGGGAAGUUUCGGCGCUCUAGUACAGUCGGUCCCUGCUGCCUCGGACGACGACUCUGCUUCUUACUUUACUCGCAAUUCUGCCUCUAACAAGGAGUGUCAUGUCUUGGCAAGCGCAGGUGAAUCUAGCCCUGGCUUCUCCAUCACAGAAGGCUUCUUGCAUUCCUUCUUGACUCGCUACGGACAAGGGAGAAUCUUCAACAUCGACCCCAAAGAGACCGAGCUGCACAUGACAAAUCCCAAAACACCCGAAGAAUCCGAGGAUUUCGGCCAAAAGGUCGAGCCCGAGGAGGAACAACACUCAGACGAUGAGAAGCGGGAGGAAGUGCGUCGACAAAGACAAACCGACCUUGCCGAUCUGAAGCGCUUGUUCCCUGAUGCCCGCUCUCUAGCGUUUGUUCCCAUGUGGGACGACCACCGCAUGCGAUGGUUCUGCGGUGGCAUCAUCUGGUCUAACAGAGCGAUACGCUUAUUGCACAAGGAUUCUGAGCUGAGUUUCCUACGAGCCUUCGGCAUGGCCAUCAUGUCCGAGGUUGCUAAACUUGACACUGCCAUGGCAGACAAAGCCAAGUCUGAUCUACUCAACAGCAUCAGUCACGAGCUGCGUAGUCCAUUGCAUGGCAUUUUGGGCAGUAUAGAAUGUUUGGAGGCAUCGGACCUCGACCCAAUGCAACAUGGGCUGGUCGAGACGGUUGACACCUGUGGACGUACACUCCUGGACACCAUCAACCACCUUCUCGACUUCAGCAAGAUCAACAACUUUACCCGCAACAAGUCCAAGCGUCAGAAGAACUCGGAAACAAGACAGGCCGAUAUGUUGAGUCUUGAUUCUACAGUACAUCUUCCUACAAUCACCGAAGAAGCUUUGGAAACUGUCUUCGCUGGCUACUCUUCCACUGCAGGUUCUCGUGACGAGUCAAAUGACAGUCAGGCAUCUAAGCGUACCGACAGGACACCCAAAUGUGACGUAAAAGUCAUUGUUGAUAUCGAGGCCAAGAAUCACGAGAAUUGGCUACUAUGUACCGAAGGAGGAGCAUGGAAGCGCUUGGUCAUGAAUUUGACCGGUAACAGCUUGAAGUACACGACCGACGGGUUCAUCUACAUUCAACUCGCUUCUCAGGAGUUGCCGAGAGAUGGCGAAGGAUCCAGGAGAAGCCGUAUUACACUAACCAUCAAAGACACAGGAAGAGGCAUGUCCAAGGAAUACCUGCAGAACCACUUGUUUAGACCUUUUGCGCAAGAAGACCCACUCAACCCUGGAGCGGGACUUGGUCUCUCCAUGGUGCGACAUAUCGUCAGCAAUCUUGGUGGCGAGAUUUUCGUAGAGUCCGAGUUGAACAAGGGCACCGAAAUCCGCGUCGAAGUCAUUAUGAUGGAUCCAGCUCCGAGCCCAGAAGCCAACGACGAAGCAUUCGUCAUGACUGAAGCGGCACAAAAGCUCCACGGCCUGAAAGCAGCAUUCAUCGAUCCGCCGAACUCGAGUGAUGGGGAAACUUCUUCCCAACGAUCGCUUCGCAAAGCGCUUGACAAGCAAUGCUGGGGUUGGUUCAGGAUGGAAUUCAACACUGUCAGUGGUAUAGACGCAUUAGGGGAUACGGCGGUGGUGCUCAUAACGUGCUACAAUCUACCGGGCGUCAAGGAACAUUUGAUCAAGCUUAACAAGCCAGUCAUUGUACUCUGCGAAAGCAACACGCGACUGCGUCAAGUGUACGCCGAGAGUGAAGCACUUCGAAAAACAGUCACGACCGAGUUUAUUGCGCAACCCUAUGGACCUCGCAAACUGGCGCGCGCGUUUGUAUCGUGCAAAGAGCAGAGACCGCCGCAGUUGGAAGAUGUCAUAUUAUACCGAGACACGAAGCUUGCGACGCUGCCGAGUAUGCCUGCUUCCAACACACAAGAACAAAACCACAAGCAGUCGUCAGCCUCGCGCGAAGUCACACCAUCACGAGUAACAAGAAGUCAGAGCAAAGCAGCCGAAGAACCCCAAGGGCCGGCAAAACAAGAAGAUGGACCUAAAGCGCUGCGCCUCCUCCUCGUCGACGACAACAAGAUCAAUCUUCAGUUGCUGGUUCGCUACUGCAAGUCGAAGAAGCACGACUACGUGACGGCAGAAGAUGGCGUCGAAGCAGUGGAAGCCUUUUGCUCACAUCAACAAGAUGCGGCAACGAAGUUUGAUUUUGUCUGCAUGGACAUCUCCAUGCCGAGGAUGGAUGGGUUGGAAGCUACGAGGAGAAUACGCUCGUUCGAACAGAGCAAUGGAAUAGAAGCGAGCAAGGUUAUCGCCUUGACGGGAUUGGCGAGUGCAGAGGCACAGCAAGAGGCAUUUUCGUCGGGAGUUGAUCAGUUUAUGACGAAACCUGUCCGUCUAAAAGAGCUGGGCGAGGUGUUGGCUGGUCGGAGAUGA